AUGAACAGUAGAGCCAGAAAGAAGCGUAGAAAGAGGUCUCCUUUAAUGUCCAGGCAUGAUGCGUUAGAGAGGAAGAUGGAUAAUAUGUACACCAUCCUCAUGGAAAAGAUCGAAGCUGUUCAGCCUUCAGAAAAUCGUACGCACCCUGAGUUAGAUUCCGAUGAUGAUUGCUUAGGCUCUGGGGACAUUCAUUCAUUUCCAAGGGCCGGUUUUCGAAAACCAACGCAAGCUCCAACACAGGCUAAGGUUUCAAGAAGCGAUUCGAGGUUGUUCAGUGAUGGUGCAAUCCGACAACAGGACGGUAAUCUCUUACCUGAGAAAUCAGCGAGGAACACGGUCAAUCGUUCUUCUAGAAGCAACAACUUGAAGUUAGCCGACAGUGUAGACGUGACGCUUCAUGCUUUCUAUCUGCCUGAUCGCUACUAUAUAAUAGCCGAUUGCCUAUCGUGCGAAAACGGGCUUCCAGAUUGGCACCUCAAGGGGAACGUUGUGAAAAAGAUUUUCAAGAAAUGGGGUACCCCUCAAGUGGAGUUUUUCGCCACGAGUCAGUCAACGGUUGUUCCAGCUUAUGCGUCAAUAGAGGCAAUCAUUUUCAGCCGAGAUUGGCAAUACAAUCUUGCUCGGGUUUUUCCACUGCCCUAUGCUGCCCCUGAUCCCCAGGGUGCUUCGUCAUCCCAACAAGUCGUCGGGGACUUUUCUUGUAGUAGUUCCUCGAUGGGAAGCAGUGAUCUGGAGAAACGACUUGAAGCGACGGGCUCUGGGGGCUCCUUCUCAAAUUCGCAAUUUGAAAGUGUC